AUGUCAGAUCCCAAUUAUAUGAAUUAUGAAAUAUUAGAUGACAAUGUUACAAUCCAAGAUGGACGAAUUAAAAAUAAAAUACAAGAAGAAGAUAGUGUUGUGAGUGUGAAACGUGAACCUGUUUAUGAAAAUGAUAAACAAUUGUGCACAAUUAAUAAUGAAAAUAUUAAACCUGAACAAGAAUUACAUACAGAACUAAUUAUUAAAAGUGAAAUAUGGGAUGAAAAUCUUGUAAUGGAAGGUGAACGAAUUAAAAUUGAAAUACAAGAAGAAGGCAGCAAUGUAAUUCAUAGUUAUAGUGUUGUGAGUGUAAAACGUGAACCUGGUAGUGAUGAAAAUGAUAAACAAUUUUACACAAUUAGUUAUGAAGACAUUAAACUUGAACAAGAAUUACAUACAGAACUAAUUAUUAAAAGUGAAAUAUUAGAUGAAACUAUUUUAAUGGAAGGUGGACACAUUACAAAUGAAGAGGCAGGCAGCAAUGAUAGUGAUAGUGUUGUGAGUGUAAAACAUGAACCUGUGAGUGAUGAAAAUGAUAAACAAUUGUACAUAAUAAUUAAUGAUGAAGACAUUAAACUUGAACAAGAAUUACAUACAGAAGUGAUCAUUAAAAAUGAAACAUUAGAUGAAACUGAUUUAGGAAACAAACCAUUUGCAUGUGAAAUUUGUAAUAAAGGAUUUACUUGCCGUUACACAUAA